CGCGGGGUAAAAAGGAACUGAAAGAUCAAAACACCGAAAAAACGUGAAAAAUUUGAAGUUUAAUUAAAAUUUAACGUAAUAAGUAUUUUUAAUUAUUUUAUAGCUUUUUAAUCAAAAAACUUGUUACCGAAUUAUUCAACAUGCCAUUUACUGUAGGAAUUCUAACAGUGAGUGACAGAUGCUACUUAGGUCAAACUGAAGACAAAAGUGGAGAAGCAAUUGAAAAUGAAUUUAAAGUGGAAUACUUGGGCAAAGCUGAAGUGGUCAUCAAAGCAUGCGUACCCGACGAAACACUUUCUAUACAGGAAAAAUUGAUCGAAUGGUCCAAGGAUAACGUGAAUUUGAUCAUCACCACAGGAGGUACAGGAUUCGCUCCGAGAGAUGUUACUCCUGAAGCUACAAAGGCUGUCAUCGAAAAAGAAGCUAAUGGAAUGUCGAUGGCGUUAAUCAGUGGCAGUUUAAAGAUCACUCCUUUUGCAAUGUUAUCAAGAUUAGUAUGUGGUAUACGAAAUCGUACAUUGAUAGUAAACUUUCCCGGUAGUCCAAAAGCUUGUACCGAAUGCUUGUUGAUUUUAAGGCCAAUUUUAUGCCACGCUAUUGACGUAAUUAGAAGUGAACCAACGGCUAACGAAUUACACGAAAAAAUGAUUUCGAAGCCGAACACCGGUUGUGAUCGUCACCAGUGUCACAGCAAAGUGGAUAUUAGUAAAGUAGCCAAUCGAAAGAGGCAUUCGCCUUAUCCAAUGAUCCUAGUAAAAGAUGCUCAAACCAUUAUUUUAAAUGCUAUCACAAUCCAACCUCCUACCACCGUCGAUAUCAAGGAUGCUUUGGGAUAUAUUUUACAAUCGGAUAUCUAUGCUAAAGAACCCUUCCCUCCGUUUCGAGCUUCGGUAAAAGAUGGCUACGCUGUGAUCGCUUCAGAUGGGGCUGGAAAGAGAAAAGUUGUCUCCGGAUCUAUCGCAGGAGAAUCGAGUCAGAAACUUGUCCAACCAGGAGAAUGCAUCAGGGUAACGACAGGUGCUCCAAUUCCUCAAGGAGCCGAUGCUGUGAUCCAAGUCGAAGACACCAAGCUGAUAUCCGCCGACAGUACUGGUACUUCGGAGAUAGAAAUAGAAAUUUUGAAAGCUCCCAGAGUUGGAUUAGAUAUUCGAGAAAUUGGUUCAGAUAUUGAACAGAAUACAUUACUAUUGAACGCUGGAAAUAUUUUAACUCCGUCAGCGUUGGGUAUACUGGCCACUGUGGGAGUUUGUCAAGUACCUGUUGUAAGUCGUCCGAAAAUUGGUAUUCUAUCUACUGGAAAUGAAAUACAAGAACCUCAAGAAGAACUUUCGUUCGGAAAAAUUAGAGAUAGUAAUAAAAUUACCUUAAUAACGUUACUGAAAGAAUAUGGUUACGAUGCUGUUGAUUUUGGGAUCGUUAUAGACGAACCGACUGUAGUUCUGAAUAAAAUCCAAACUGCCAUAAAAGAAGUCGAUAUUCUUGUAACAUCUGGUGGCGUUUCAAUGGGAGAACGUGAUAUUUUAACUGAUGUCAUGAUUACCGAUUUAAAAGCUACUCUCCAUUUCGGUCGCAUUAAUAUGAAACCAGGCAAACCCACCAAGUUUUUCUCGAUACCUUUUGAAAACGGAAAAAAGUUCCUAUUUGGAUUACCUGGUAAUCCUGUUUCGGCUACGGUUACAUGCCACUUGUUCGUACUACCAGCUCUUAAACGUAUGAGUGGAGUUUUAAAUCCUAGUCCUACAAUUAUUAAAGCUCAACUGUGUCAUGAAGUUACCUUAGAUGAUCGUUACGAAUACGCCAGAGGAAUUUGCUACUGGGUCGAAAAUGAUCCGGUGCCUUGGGUUACCUUAGCUGGAAACCAAAUAAGUUCCAGAAUGCUGAGCAUGGUGCACGCAAAUUGUCUCAUUUAUUUACCCGUUGCCACCGAAACCAUCAACUCACUUCCAAUUGGUCAUAUUUUGGAUGCCGAAAUUAUCGGUAAAUGGUAAAAAAAAAAUUCGGUGAAUUAUACAUAAAAAUGAAUUUAUUUACACAAUUGUCAGAUUAUGAAAAAAUAAUGAUGUUUUUUUAAAUACUAUAAAAUAUAUACAAAUAAAUUCGUAUUUUUAUACAAUAAAAAAUGUUUAAAAUUGGCACAUAAUUUAUUCUUAAAUACUACAGAAUAACUUUUGUAAUCAAGUUUUACGCGGUUCUCUCGAUGCUGUAUUUUUUCUUAUGAAUACUCUCCAAUUUCUCUGUGAUAGUCGAUAGAUAAUUCGUAAAGCCGGUUGGUUUACU